GGAAAAUAUUGGUAAAUUUUAAAAUAAAAACCAAACAAUUAAUUCCCUCCAUUUUUCCAUUUAAUGUUGUCAAUACAACAUUUUCUGCUGAGAAAAACUGUUUUAGCUACUCUUAUUUAAAAACUGUGGCUUUUACUUUAACCAGAAACCAGUAGGCAACAAGUAGUAACUUGAAAUAAUGAAAUGAUGAUGUAACAGCAAAUCUUUUAUUAGCAAGACAGAGUCAAAACAUCGAAAAAGAAUCACCCAUUUGUUUUUAUGAAAGUUUAAUAUUUGGGCAUGGUCUUAGAAUUCAAUAAUGAGAAUUUUUGAUCGACAGUGUUUUUUUUUAUUUGGAAAACAUAAUUAGAAUUAAAGUUAUCAGUUUGAGGUUUUAAGUUUUUUUUCAUUUAAUUGUUAAAAAUUAUAGUUGGUGCCCAAAAAAACCCUACGUCACAAACUUCUUCAAUAUGUGUUGUGGAAUUUUGGUAGCUCUUAAAUAAAUACAGAAAGUAGUGGUGGUCAAACGGGGGAGGAUGAAGGGGAUAUAUCCUACUGUGGCCUUUUUUUCAAUGCUUAAGAGCUGAUUACCUUAAAAUAUUAGGCAUACGGCAUAUCCCCCCCUCCCUUUAGACAAAAUCAUUGACCACCACUGACAGAUAGUAGGUAUUUGGUUAAAUUGGUUCGUCUCGCACAAAACAGUUUUUGCUAUUCUGUAUGGCUGAGACAACAUAAUAUGUGGUUGGAGAGUCCUCUAUAAUAAUUAUUUAUUUUUUAUUUCACAAUCAUAGAUAUUAAAGAUAUGGAUGGGCCUACCAGUGGCAUGGCGAAAAACUUGGUGGUCCUAGGGUCAUAAAAAACAGAGGCCAUCUUUAAGGCACUGUGUGUGGCAGUGCCAAUGUAAUAUUGUCCACAAAAAUACGCUCUUCAGGAAUAAUGAUUAUGUCCUGUAAAAUCAACCAAAUUUGAUAAUUUAUUUUUCAACUGAUAGAGAGUAAUAUUCUACAAGCUGCACUGUACUCCGUUUUUCAAUAUUUUUAUCUCAAACUUUAUGAUAUGUCUUCAAAAUUAUUACAAUUUCAAGCUUUGCUUUUUUAUAUCCUAAGCGGAGCGAUGAAUGUAUUUGGUUUUACAAUGAUAUGUGUGAACACGAUAAGUAAUCGAAAUAAUGCUUCGAUAUUAACUUCAGUAUCAUGUUCGAUGGAAAAGAUGAUAUUGUUGGUCCAUCGAGGAUAACAAAAUUUAAAAUUCCCCUUAAUUUUCAAAAGCGCCGGAAAACCGGGAAUUUUUACGUAAAAUCGGUUAUUGGUAAAGUCGUUUUUAGUGUAACUCUAAAACUAAUGACCGUAGAUAUAUGAAAUUUAAGCUGGUUGUUUAUAUAAGUAUAUAACUAUUCUCUAUACACGAUACAAUUUUAAUUUGUUUUGAACUGUUUACGGACAUAAUCAGUUUCAAAUGUUUUUAAUUUUUAUUUCAUUGAAUGUCAAUAAAAUUUUAUUUGUUAGGUAAAAAUCUUGAAAAUUUAAUACAAGGCUCCUAACAUAUUGUUACAAUGAUAUUAAAAAUCCAGUCACAAUUUUUUUAUAAGCGUUCAAAGUUUCAAUAUUGACAAAAUACGUAAAAAUUAUGAAAAUAUGUAAAUUAUUUUGAGCUAGAAAUUCAUAAAAAAAUUUCUUUUUUAAUAUAAGAUUUGAAAAUGCAAUACAAAAUUCUUCAUAAGUUUGUCUACAUUUAUCAAAAAAAAAAAGUCAAAUUACAUUUUUAUGAGCGUUUGAAGUUCAUAGGUUACAACAUUGCAUAUCCACUCGAUUUCUCAUGUAGGUAGCGAUUUUCUUAUUUUCUUGUAACUUGUCAGUUGUAAUUCAAUAAGAAACAAAUGUAGAUACAUUAAAAUUUCACUAACUAUUUCCAUUUUCUAUAUAUUAUCAUAAUAUUUUGAAAAAAAUGUUGCCACAUUUUGAACUGUUUACGGACAAUUUCAAAUUUCAAUUUUUUUAGUUUAUUUACAAUUUUCUACAAAUAUUAAUAACAUUUUAUUUGAUGAGCCAAAAAGCGUGAACAUUUAAUACAAGGCUCUUGAUAUACUGCUACAAUAGCAGUUGAAAAAUAUUAAAAAUACAUAGGCACAAUUUUUUUUUAAUAAGCAUUUAAAGUUCCAAUUUUGACAAAAUGUAUCAAAUUAAAAAUUUAAUAAUUAUUUUGUAGUAAAAAAUGUAUAAAAUGUUUAACCUUUAUAGCUCAGGAUUGAAAAUGGCUAAAAUGCACUUUACCACCCCAUGCAAAUUUUUCGAUAUGCAUAUUUUUUUGGAACUUACUCAUUUUAAAUAUUUAAGAACAAUAGUGCAAUCAGAAUUUGUCGGUGGGACUUAGUUUUGAAGUUAUAGCCUUUGGAAAUUUGCGUUUUUUACGCAUGAGCGCAAUGUUACGUUUAUCAUGUCUUUUUUUUUUAAUCUUUUAACACUUAUAAUGUUGUUGUUACUUACCUAUUGGCCGAGCCCUAGGACCUCAAGUUUGGCAACCGGAGCUAUUAUAUUUGAGUUACUUUUACUAACAAGGUUUAUUACAUAAGUUUAUUUGUUAGGUCAUCCGUCUACCCACUGGUUAGGUACAUAAGUUUCAAAAAAAAUUUCAAUAUUCUUAAAAGACGCAGUUCUAGUUUACUGCUAGAUAUAGGCGCAACUAGGGUUAAAAUUCUGGGGGGGUCAACAAAACUAUUUAUUUUAAAUAACCUAUAGGGGGUUAUAUCUAAAUCAAGAAGGGAUAUUUGGGGGGGGCUUAGCCCCCUAGUUGUGCCGAUGAAACUAGAGUGAUGCAUGAACGCAUAAAAAUCGCAAAUGAGUGAACUUCAUAACUACAUAACUUAUUUGGUAAUAUAUCAUAGGCUGACUGACCGUCUUCGCUCAGAAUCGGUUUUCUUAUACAAUGAUAUAUUAUAUCAUUGAAUUCAAAUUUAAUACAAUCUAUUACAGUGGCCUACUUGUUACCUUAAUAAUGUCCUGUACAGCCGAGCGACACCCACUUGCCCACCUUUUUACUUCUGGCUCCCAAAACCUACAGGCAGAAAUUCAUUACAAUUUCAGAGGGGGCUAAUGUUAUUAACAUCAAUGUGAGCGGGAGGCUUCGAUCCUACAAAAUUAUAAAAUGAGGAGCUCGAAGGACAUUUGCGGGGGGCUAAGCCGUCUCAAGCUCCCCCGAUUUCCACCAAUGCGGCGAAACCCAAAUAAAUGAUUCGGGUGUAAAAGAAUCACUGAAAUUAUAGAUUUCCAUUUUGCGAUUUAAGAAUAUGAUACAAUCAUAGGUAUAAUAACCAUAGACCUAUACACCUAAGCGGUGUCCAUUAGUUCAUAGGGCUAUAAUUUGAAAUUACAACGACAUGGGGGUACUGACUGCUUAGAAUAAUCCAGUCUUCGCGCACGGACUGCAUGAAGUCUAACAAUUGCAAUUAUAAUAUUAUUGCGCUUAAUAUUAAUCUGUGCUUCGUGUUUGUGGUAGGAAUAUCGUGAUAAUAACACUACUGUGGUCGUUGAUAGCCGCACCGCAGUAAGUGUUGUUUAUCUGGGACCCAACCAUGAAUUACCAAUAAUUAUCUUCAAAACAUAGAUAAUGCAUAUUAUCUUGAAACAACAUUUUGUAUUCGUAUUUCGUAUCAAUCGUGUAUAUUCGUAUCUCGCCACUAUUAUACUACUAUAGCGGACGGCACUACGGUAGUAUAUAGUCGUCAUUAUCCCGAAAACUGUUGUAGUCGUAGUACUUAGGAGACAUUGCGAGGUGCUACACGUUGGUGAGACCGUACCGUCGUUCCUUGGUUAAAUAUUUCAUUUUGUACAUCCAUUCGUAACUAAUAUAAUGAACACGUCCACACAAUACAGCAUGCGUUGGGACGACUUUUCGUCUCAUUUCACGAACGAAUUUGUGUCUCUGCGGAACGACGAACAAUUCGUCGAUGUAACGUUAUGUUGCGAUGAUCAGUUCAUCAAAGCUCACAAAGUUAUUUUAUCAGCAUGCAGUCCUUAUUUCAAAAAAAUACUCAUGAUGAAUCCGUCAAAACAUGUCACAGUUAUCAUGCACAACGUGGAAUAUGAACUCAUGAAGACUUUGGUUGACUUUAUGUAUUUGGGAGAAGUACUCGUGAAUCAAAAUAAUGUUGAUAGGUUUUUCAAAUUGGCCAAAACAUUUAACAUAAAAGGAUUUCAAAAUGGAUUCAAUAAAAAUGAAACAUCAAUUUUGCCUUCAUUAUGUGAAAAUGUUGAGCAAGAUGUGCCAAAAAACGAUGUUAUUGAUUCAAUGGAUAACCAUGAUGAUGGAUUAUUUGCUAAUCAACUAGAUCAACUCAAUCAACUUGUGAAUCCCAAUGAAAUAAUUAAACGAAGGAAAAUAGAAACAAAUUAUUGGCAACAAUCUACUGAAACAACUUCAUCAACACAACCUGAAAAACAGAGGUGUCAUUCAUUGGAUCCACGACCAUGUCCAGAGUGUGGACGUCAAUAUAGCAGUUUAUCUAACUUAAGGCAACACAUUGAAUUAAUUCAUAAACCUGGUUGUGUUGUUUGUCCUUUAUGUGGUAAAACAUUUAAAAAUAAGCUUUACCUACGGCGGCAUUUUAUUAGUUUUCAUGAAAUGUUACCAUCCAAAGUACAAAAUACAUCUGACCCAGGUACACCUUACACUUCAAAUUCAUUACAUUAUCAAUCUGAUCAAAACCAACAGAGAAUACAAAUAAAAGAACAGUCUAAUAGCCAACAAUUAAGUUCUACUUGUUUUGAUCAAAGUAUACAUCCCCGUUAAGUAGAGCAAAAUUACAAAAUCUGUAAAGUUGCUUUUUUUAAAUAUUGUUAUUGUAUUAUUAUUGAGUAUUAUCAAAGGCAAAAGGUUAAAGUGUCUUAUUGUAAAUUAAUUAUUGGCUUUUUAUGUGCAAUUAUAUUAAAUGUAAAUACUUUAUUCUUUAUUAAAAUGUAUGCUAUUUUUGCAGGCACAUGUUCAGCAGGUUUAUAGGGCUUAUCUUCAAAAAACUUUUAAUGAUAUACAUUUUUUAAUUUUUUUAAAAUUAUUAUAAUAUUUGGAAUCAAAACAAAUUCUCUUGAAUAGAAUUCUGACUAUGUGCCUGAUUUAAUGAUCUCUAAAUUAAGUAUUACAAGGUGUAUCGUAGCUAUACAAUUUCUAUGCAAACUAAGAUUUAUAUUUAGCCUGUAUCUAAUAUUAUUUAUUAAACCAUUUAAUAUGGUGCUAAUACUUGUUAUCCAAAUAUAUUAUAAUAUUUAAAUCUCAUAGUCUAAUCAAUUUAAGAAUGAAUGUAAAAUGUUGCUAGAUACUUUUCGUUAUCCAAUAAAAAUAUAUAAUGCCACUAAUAUAUUAAUAACAAAUAACAAUGUAUCACAUGUCUAACCCUUUUUUGAGUGACUAGACAAAACAUAAAGAUCUAGAUUCUUUAAUUAUAAUUUAUUAUAUUAUAUUAAUUUAAAAAUUAAAAAUUAAUUCUAAUAUUUUACUGCAUUUAGGUAUAUAGAAACUCUGAAACUAAGCUAUAUUAUUUCUUCAUAGUCAAUUAUCAACAAUUUAAUUUUUUUUCAAUGUAUUUUCAUGAUUUAUGUAUAUGUUAAAAUGAAUUUGGAUAGUGAAAUAAUUAUGAACAUAUCCAGAAAAAAUUAUAUUAUACAAUUUCAAAACUAAUGAUUAUUUAAAAACUAAAACACAAUCAUAACUCCAGUUGUCCAACUAUGACAUUAUUCCAUGAUCAAUUGGCUAAAUGUAUACGUUAAAAAUUUUAAUAUAUUUUUAAAUUGUUUUGAUUAUUUUAUUUUAUGAAUACCAUUCUUUUAACUAAAGACCACCAUUUCAGAAUUUGAUUUUGGCAUAAUAUUUAUAACUUGUUUAGUACCUAUAUCCCACACUUUAUUACAAAUUAUUUUUGGUCUGCCAUUUAAACUUAAUUUAAUCAUUAAGUAUAACCGCUAUAACUAUACUAACUAUACUAGAAAUAUCAAUAACUAAGUCAGAAAUAUAGUUGACUUAAUCUUUAUUUUGUACUAUAAAUAUAUAUAAAAUCUAUAAUCUAUUCUAAAUAUGUUCAGUAACGGGCGGCCAACUUGUGGAUUUGUUCUCUUGGUCAACAUGGUUGGGGAAGCCAGUUGAUGUCAUAAAACCGUCGCUGUCCUGUGCUUAUCUGAUUUUGAAUUUUGUACAUAAAUAUCAUAUUUACACUAAAAUAUGAUAUGUUUGAGCUAAUACUUGUCAUAUAAUGAAUCGUGAACCUAUAUUGUAUCAUAUUGUUGAUUAAUUUUACUUUUAAAUAGUUUUAAUUAAGUUAUUUUGUAUGUUUCUUGAUUAUCAUAUUAAUAAUGUGGUUUAAAAAUUUUAAAUUAAUGAACUACAUUCUGAAACCCCUUUAAAGUUACUUGUAUAAGUUGUAAAUUAUUUAGGUAAUAAAUUGUAUAAAAUAUAUAAUAUAUAAAUUAGUUAUACAUUAUAUUCUAUUUUACUUUUUAAAUUGGAGGAAUACAGUUUACUUUACUGUACCAAUUUUUUGACAUAAAUUAAAUUGAGAAAUGAAUUAAAUGAACAAAAGAAAACAUUUUUAUUUUCAAACAAUCCAUCACGGCAAAUGUCAUAUAUGAUAAUAUACAAUUCCUAAAUUUACCACCAUCAUCAUCAUCAUCAUUAACAACAUCAUCAUCAUCAUCAUCAUCAUCAUCAUCAUUAACAACAUCAUUAUCAUCAUCAUCAUCAUCAUUAUAAUCUCAUCAUAACACUCUGGUCCUUAAUCACUUUUAUGGAAAGAAAUCCUUGAACCAUGAAACAAGUUAAUGGUACCCAUACAUUUAGGUACGUGAAUAACUAAUAUGUACAUAAUGCUGCAAUGUAAGUAGCAGUUGAAUUCUCGGAAAUAUUCAAUUUUGGGUGGGGGGGGGGUUGUAGAUAAUUUCUAGGAACAUAUAUAAGGGUAUGUUGGCUAUCAGCACACAAAAAAACCACCAAUUAGGAUGAGGGGUUUAAACCCCAUCACCCCCCCCCCCCCCGCCUAUGAGUUGGCCCGUGGUCUUUAGAAGCAGAGUAGUAGAUA